UCUUAUUCCAAAAAGCAGAAAUGACGUUACUGGUCGGUCUUGAAUGUCUGCCUCGGCAGGGCCACCUCGUGUGCUGCACCGGAUACUUAGCCCUGUAACCAAAGGGCACGGGUGCCCACGCAGGCCAUGCUCAACGAGCAGGGUAAUUGUAGACAAUCUUCUCCCAAACACCCUGUGUGGAAGCUUCCAGUUGGAGAACGAGGCACAGCCAGAAGGGCCUCAGUGUCCCUCCUGGAUCCUUGGUGCCCGUGUGAGUUGAUAUCAGCCACACUCUGGAGCAGUGACGUGGAUGCGGCUCAAGAUAUUCUGCAUGCCUCCUGCCGGCACCUGAGGAGUCGAGUGAUCCCUGGGGACCUGGGUGCCGCCCGGCGGGGCUGAGCAGGGGUCAGCGGCCAUGGCCAGUACGGCAGUCCAGCUCCUGGGCUUCCUGCUCAGCUUCCUGGGCAUGGUAGGCACGCUCAUCGCCACCAUCCUGCCGCACUGGCGGAGGACAGCGCACGUGGGCACCAACAUCCUGACGGCCGUGUCCUACCUGAAGGGUCUCUGGAUGGAGUGCGUGUGGCACAGCACGGGCAUCUACCAGUGCCAGAUCUACCGCUCGCUGCUGGCGCUGCCCCGCGACCUGCAAGCAGCCCGCGCGCUCAUGGUCAUCUCCUGCCUGCUCUCGGGCAUCGCCUGCGCCUGCGCCGUGGUGGGCAUGAAAUGCACACGCUGUGCCAAGGGCACGCCCGCCAAGACCACCUUCGCCGUGCUGGGGGGCGCGCUCUUCCUGCUGGCUGGUCUGCUCUGCAUGGUGGCUGUGUCCUGGACCACCAACGACGUGGUGCAGACCUUCUAUAACCCACUUCUUCCCAGCAGCAUGAAGUUUGAGAUCGGCCAGGCUCUCUACUUGGGUUUCAUCUCCUCGUCGCUGUCGCUCAUCGGUGGCACCCUGCUCUGCCUGUCGUGCCAGGAUGAGGCACCCUACAGACCCUACCAGGUGCCGCCCCAGGGAGGCACAGCCACCGCCUCGGCCCCCGCCUACCACCCACCCACAGCCUACAAGGGCAACCGGGCCCCCUCGGUGACCUCAGCCUCACACAGUGGGUACAGGCUCAAUGACUACGUGUGAGUCCCCCGCUUCGGGUCGCUGUCAGGGGGUGCCGCGCCCCAAGGGACCGUGUAUGGAUGCUAAGGGGCUCCAACUCCCAAGUUUACUUGGUGCUUGCUCAUGUAUCCGUGGAAACGCUGUGCCUAGGACAUGGGAGAGCAGAGAAAUGGGAAGAGGAGGAAGCUCUGUAUACCAAAGACUUUAAAACGUGCUGUUUUGUAUUUAUUAUAU